AUGUCAACGAUGUUGAACUUUUCCUCUUCUUCAGCGGGCGUGGUUCAAGUGCGACAGAAUCCGGCCAAGACUGGUCUCUCCGAUCGUGUGGCCUACCUCUUCACUGACUGCCUUCUCCUACUAAAACGUGUCGGACAGCCGCGUCGAGGAUGUGGCAACACUCUCACUAACGUUGCAAUGGCAGCAGCCGCUGCCCUGACUAAUCCCUCCUCAUCCAACUCAGCAACUUCUGGAAGUGGUCUGAUUCUAAAAAAGGGUGUUCCUUUGGCUCACUUUCACCUCAUUGAUCUGGGAAUGCAAAUUAAUCCUGAUAAUGGUGAGGCGGCAUUUCUGUUUGAACUGGAAAGCUGGCGCGAUGUGAUAGUAGUAUCACGUCACCACCAAAGUAUGAAAUCGGAGCAAUCAAAGACGCAACCAGAACAUCCACCGUUCUCUACUCUCUCGCUACCCAAACAGGGCAGUGCUGUCAACCUCGGUACUCUUGCACAAACACCUGCUCAUCGACUCUCCGGCUCCUCCACCACCCUCAAUACUCCCUUCGGGGACACUCCUGCCGUUUCCAAUGCCUCUACCGGAGCCUACAUUGGUGAAACUAUUGCCAAUUCCUCCGCACCUGCUAAACGUAUUAUUUUCAGUCUUAAGACUCCUCAAGAAAAGGCUGAUUGGCUUGCCACACUUAUUGGUAUUCAACGUAAAAGCAUCUUCCAACGCUACCUCCGUGAACUGCCGAAACAAGAAAUCCCCCUAAUUCUACCCGAUCCGGAGCAGUAUUGCUUCUCAAAACCCGAUGACUCGAAUAACAUCCUCUUUGAACCACCAAGAACAGACAGCAGUGCAGAAAUUGCUGUGAUUCGAGCUGCCACUAUUAACAAGUUGAUUGAACGAAUCACCUCGCACACCUGCUUCGACAGUCGGACAAUUCGCACGUUUCUACAAACCUAUCGUCGGUACCUGUCAGCUUCUGAGUUGGUGGAAUUGCUGAUCAAACGAUUUAAUGUGCCACAACCGGACUUUGAGCACGAAUUUCGUGCCUUAUUACACAACAACAAUGGCAACGGUAGAAGUGGUUCCACUGUCAAUGAUAAUGCGAGGUCUUUCUCUGAUAUGGCAUCCCUUGUGCCUUGUAUGGAGUUGCGCUUCAAUUCAGCCUACAAACGGCGUAUUCAGUAUAGAGUUCUAAGCUUCAUUAAGAAGUGGGUGCGAAAUGCCUCCUACUUCAAGGUCGAUUUUGCCGACAAUCCAGAUCUACAGCGUCGAUUGGAACAAUUUCUCGGUGGUAUUGAUACAGUUCCCUCCUUGGCUGAAAAUGUGUCAGCUAUUCUACGUUGCCUUCAUGGGGAUCGAACAAAAGUGGUACAAGUUAUUCGACAAUGUGCACCUGAAAAACUUGACCUUGGAUUGGCUCUCACCUUUGAUCGUGUGCGCAUUACCAAUGUGCAUCCUCUGGAGUUGGCUCGUCAAGUGACCCUCUACGAGUGGGAGCUCUACUCGCGAAUCGAGUUCUGCGAGGUCAUUGGAAGUGAGAAGAAUUGGGGUGUCAAUAUGCGGCGCUCUUUGGACUUCUCCAAUAAGUUCCUCAAGUGGCUGGUCUGGAGCAUAAUGUCGCAUUGCGGAAUGGAGGAUCGGGUUCUGGUGCUACAGCGUGUGUUGGAUCUUUUGAUGCUCUUUGAAGCUCUUGGCAACCUUCAAGGUACUCAAGAAGCCAGAGCCGCCCUUCACAGCUCACCCGUCUAUCGUCUUUCGGAGACCUUCGAUGUACUACUAGCCAAGUCUCGUGCCCACCAUCGCGUAGUGUUGGAGGUGCUGCGACCGCCGGGAAAGUUGGAGAAGGAUUUGCUUGCCUCACCGGAGGACUACAUUGACGACUAUCAGCACCGCAUGCAUCGGAUUGACCCACCUGCGGUGCCCUUCAUCGCGGUGGGAGGGCAGACGCGUCUUAUUCACCUGGAGCUCAAAUUACCUGACUACUUGCCUGGAGGUAGUGAGGAGGAGCCGCUGAUUAACUUCUCCAAGUGCCAUCAAAUUGCCGAUUUGAAGGAACACUAUCUCUCCUUUCAGAAUAUACCUUUCAACCUUCAACCCGAUCCUGUUAUUCAGGACUUUCUGAAAAAUUUGGAUCCCCAUGCUCUGGCCGGUGUAGAAGACGAGACCGAAUUUGAAGACUUGAUGUACCAACAAUCCCUGUGUAUUCAGCCUCGAGAAGGAGUUGUCGCUGAUCUGCGAGACUUUCCUUCUGCAGAGACCUCUAUGAACCGUCAGUUGACAUCAACGGAGGUGCGCAUUGGCAAUUUGCUAAGUUCGACCCCAUUCGACGUGAACAUGAAGGCGGGUUCCAAGGAGUUUCGUCAACUCCUUGCAAUCACCUCCCUCUCACCCGAUGCCAAGUUUGACUUCUCCACCUCUGCAAUGCUACCGAAUCGCACUCGUUGUGGCAGCUUGAGUCGUGGAUCCAAGUACGGUAAGGUAUCAUACAAACCUCUCUUUCCAAAUGUUGUAAGAUUUGGGUCUAGAAGUGGCUUUUCUGCAAAGAAAUGGUAA